UCCCACUCUCCCUUAAACUCUCUCUGUUUUUCUAUAAAAUCUCACCGUCUCUGUUUUCCCGAAAUUCCCUCACCACCUUCAUAAACUCUGUUCUCUCUCUCUUCUUCCUAUAAUUUUCGAAUUAGAUUUUGGUUUCUGUGUUUUGAAGCAGAGAACAACAACAACUGCAACCAUGCUUGUCUACCAGGAUCUUCUUACAGGUGAUGAGCUUCUCUCUGACUCAUUCCCCUACAAGGAAAUUGAGAAUGGAAUCCUGUGGGAAGUGGAAGGAAAGUGGGUCGUUCAAGGUGCAUUGGAUGUAGAUAUUGGUGCUAACCCUUCUGCAGAGGGUGGAGAUGAGGAUGAAGGUGUUGAUGACCAAACUGUCAAAGUAGUUGAUAUUGUUGACACUUUUAGGCUUCAGGAGCAACCUCCUUUUGAUAAGAAACAAUUUGUCACAUUUGUGAAGAGAUAUAUUAAAUUGCUGACACCCAAGUUAGAGGCAGAGAAGCAAGAGUUGUUUAAGAAGCACAUUGAGGGAGCAACUAAGUUCCUACUCUCAAAGCUCAGUGACCUCCAAUUUUUUGUUGGGGAGAGCAUGCACGAUGAUGGAAGCCUGGUCUUUGCAUACUACAAGGAAGGUGCCACUGAUCCAACUUUCAUCUACUUUGCCCAUGGGUUGAAGGAGAUCAAGUGCUGAACACAUGGUUUAGGCUUUGUUCGUGAUGUGGAAUCCUUGUGUUUCUGGGUUUUGGUCUUUAGAUACUAAUCGGGCUUUAUGAGCUCAUUAUGUUAUAUUUAGGUUGUUUCAAGAGUUUGAUUUUUUAAAUGGUUUAUCGUUUGGUUGUUAUGUGUGGAACAAAUUGUCAUAUAGUGAUUUAACCCAGUAACAUGUCUGCUAGUUAUUUUUGUGUUUUAUUUGCCAAAUUAAUUAA